AUGAGUGAGCAUAGUUCUUAUAUAAGACAAGAUGAAUAUGGUGAUGAGUCUUUAAAUGGCGAUGAAAAUGAUGGUAUAUUUGAAGACUUCGAAGACACUGAGGAUCGUCGUUCAAUAACUGUUGGUAUAUGUGCGCAAUGGAAAAAAGUCAAAGCAAAACCCAUGGAAGAAAUUUUACAUCGUUUAGAACAAUUUGAAUUUAUUCGUAUAAUUGUUUUUUCUGAAACAAUGAUACAUGAAAGCCCUAUUGAAGAUUGGCCAUUUUGUCAUGUUUUGAUUAGUUUUCAUAGUAAAGGUUUUCCAUUAGCUAAAACACAACAAUAUGCACGUCUUAAUGAACCAUUUCUUAUUAAUGAUCUUGACAAACAAUGGGAUAUUAUGGAUCGUAUUAAAGUACAUGAAAUACUUAAAGAUGCUGGAAUAGCACAACCACGUUAUGGUAUAAUUAGACGAACUAUGGAUGCUGAUGGAACAUGGAAAACAUUGUCUGUUGUUAACGAACAAGAUGAUCAAAUUGAAAUUGAUGGUGAAAUAUUUCAUAAACCAUAUGUAGAAAAACCUGUAUCAGCUGAAAAUCAUGAUGUCUAUAUUUAUUUUCCAUCAUCAGCUGGUGGUGGUUCACAAAGAUUAUUUCGAAAGAUUGGUAGUCGAAGUAGUGUAUAUACAUCAGAGAAUAGUGUUCGUAAAGAUGGUUCGUAUAUUUAUGAAGAAUUUAUGCCAACAGAUGGUACAGAUGUUAAAGUAUAUACAGUGGGUGCUGAAUAUGCCCAUGCUGAAGCAAGAAAAUCACCAGGACUCGAUGGUAAAGUUGAACGAGAUGAAUUUGGUAAGGAAGUACGUUAUCCAGUUAUAUUACGUGCUGAUGAAAAAUUAAUUGCUAUGAAAAUAUGUUUGGCAUUUAAACAAGCUGUAUGUGGUUUUGAUUUACUUCGUGCUGAAGGAAAAUCAUUUGUAUGCGAUGUAAAUGGUUUUAGUUUUGUAAAAAAUAGUACUAAAUAUUAUGAUGAUUGCGCAUCGAUUCUGGGACAUAUGAUACUGCGUGAACUUGCACCAACAUUUUCUAUUCCAUAUCCAAUAACUUAUCAACCUGAUGAUCCCCCUUUUGUACCGACUGCAUUGGGUACAAGAAUGGAACUUCGUUGUGUUAUUGCUGUUAUUCGACAUGGUGAUCGAACUCCAAAGCAAAAAAUGAAAAUGGCUGUUCUUCAUCCAUUAUUUUUUCAAUUAUUCGAAAAAUAUAAUGGUCCAAAAACAGGUCAUCUGAAAUUAAAACAUCCUGGUCAACUUCAAGAAGUUCUUGAUAUAGCUCGAAUAUUACUCAAAGAACUUGAUGAUAAUCGAAUAAAUCGAUUUCCUAAUUCACCUGAAACAAGAGGAAAAUUACUUCAACUUAAACAAGUAUUAGAAUUAUAUGGACAUUUUUCUGGUAUUAAUCGAAAGAUUCAAUUAAAAUAUUUACCGAAAGGUCCACCAAAAAAAACCAGUAGUGAAGAUGAACCUAAUAAUGUACCAUCACAACCAUCUUUACUCUUAAUAGUUAAAUGGGGUGGACAAUUAACGCAAACAGGCAAAAAUCAAGCUGAAGCACUUGGCAAAGCAUUUCGAAAAAUGUAUCCCGGUGGUCAAGGUGCUGGUGGUGAUCGUCCUGAUGUUGGUCUUCUUCGUUUACAUUCCACAUUUCGACAUGAUUUAAAAAUUUAUGCAUCAGAUGAAGGUCGUGUACAAAUGACAGCUGCUGCUUUUGCUAAAGGAUUAUUAGCACUUGAUGGUGAAUUAGCACCAAUACUUGUACAAAUGGUUAAAAGUGCAAAUACAAAUGGUUUACUUGAUAAUGAUGUUGAUUCAACGAAAGAACAACAUAAAGUCAAGCAAACAUUACAUGAUCUUUUAGCAAAAGAUCGACAAUUUACACAAGAAGAUUAUGAUAUAAUUGCACCAACUCGUUCUCGUGCUUUAGUGUCAUCAAUGGAUUUCAUUAAAAAUCCUGUUACGAUAUGUCGAAAGAUAUAUGAAUAUAUUCAUGAAAUGAUUGUACUUAUUCGAACACGUUUACUUAAAGAUAGUUCAGGAAAAGAUUUUUAUGAUGCACGCAAAGAUAAAUUCAAUAUAUCAAAAGUACCUGAUAUAUAUGAUUCAAUAAAAUAUGAUUUACUUCAUAAUAAAGAUAUUCUUCAAUUUCCAUAUGCUGAAGAUUUAUACGUAUGUUCAAAAGCAUUAGCUGAUAUUGUUGUACCUCAAGAAUAUGGUAUGACAGUUGAAGAAAAACUAAGCAUAGCUCGUGGCAUUGUUACACCAUUACUUCGAAAAAUUCGAGCCGAUCUUCAAUGUAAUUUAACGGGUGUAAUUACUCAUGAUGAACAUGUUAAUAAAUUAGAUCCAAGUUAUUCAAAAGGUAUUCAAACUCCUGGUCGACAUGUUCGUACACGAUUAUAUUUUACUAGUGAAUCACAUGUUCAUUCACUUCUUACAGUUAUUCGUUAUGGCAGUUUAUUAAAUAUAUCAAAUGAUGAACAAUGGAAACGUUCAAUGGAAUAUUUAGAUACUGUUUCAGAAUUAAAUUAUUUAACACAAAUUGUUAUUAUGUUAUAUGAAGAUUCAAGUGAAGAAGAAGAUUCUGAACGACGUUUUCAUGUUGAAUUACAUUUUUCACCUGGAGCUUAUGGAUGUUUUGAUAUAUUACCAGAAAUCGAUUUAGUUAGUUCAAAUGUUAACCAUAUUCGUACUGUUUUACCAAAAAGUAAUCGACAAGCAGCUCAUAGUCCACCAAGACAUCAAGUUGAAAUACCUGUAUCAGUUUCACCACCGACACCACCAACAUCAGUAGAACCAAGUAUUUCAUCAUCAGUACUACAAUCUCAAGUAGACACAACAACAGCAGCAGCAGCUAAACUAGUUCCAGGAUCGACUUUAAUUACAAUUGAUAAUACGAAACCAUUAACACAAUCCGAUAAAUUACGUCAAAAAGUCGUUAAACAACGAUCAUUUUCAUCGAAAACAAUUUAUCGAAGUAAUAAUGGAAUGGCAACAAGUCGAUCAUCAGAACAAACUAAUUCUGAUGAUCUUAAUACCAAUGCAACUGAACGUUCUGAUAAUAAUAAUAAUAAAUGUCUUUUAAAACCCAAAUCUCUUGAAGAUGAUGAAUCAGAUUUACAGCACAUAACAUCACAUCAAACUGAAUCACUUGAUUCAUUCUCUAUGAAAUUUCCCCGAAAAUCCAAUGCAAUGUCUGGUUUUUAUUCAACAAGAUUACAAGCGAGGUUAUCACCUAGUCCAGAUAUUUUUCGGCGAAAUUCGGGUACAAUACUAGAACACGUUCAAACAACAUUAUCCCAUAAUUAUUACAAUACAGUUCAUGGUGCUUCAGCCGACAGACAUAUGUCUAAUUAUGUUCCACUAACAAGUAUUUUUAGUACAAAAGUAAUUACCGGUGCAAAAUCAACACCCGAUCUUAAUACGUUACUUGAACGUAAACAAGCAGGAUUGAUAUGUUCAGAAACUGCUGUCGUUGCUCCAUUAGAAACAUUAAAUACAAAUUUAAAUUAUAGAAUUCUCGAUGAUUUUAUUGGUAAAAUUACUGAUUCAACAACAAAAUAUUAUACACCAACUUCAUUUGACUGUGAUAAUAGCAAAAAUAUACUUGUCAAUGAUGAUAAACUUAGUUCAUCACCAAAACAUAUUCCUUACGGUAGGUUAUCUAUUUUUAAUACUUCAUCUAAUAAUUUCUUAUUUACAUUAUUAGUAUCAACAAAUCGAUUUAGUGUUCAUUCUGUUGAUAGUAAUAAUAGUACAUUUGGAAAUAAUAAAAAAUUACAUGUUGGUUUUGGUAAAGUGACGCAAUAUUCAAUAAAUACAAUAACAGAACUUCCUGAAAAAACAUUAGAUGAAGAACGAUAA